CUUAUUAAAAUAACAAAAUAUUUACAUUAUCAGUUUUCCCAAUUAAUUAACUUCUGGGGUAAGAAUUUUGGAUUAGUUGGACAACCGUCCAAGAGACAUUGUUUCAGAAUAUAGAGGUAGUACAGAUCAAGGGGUACGGGCACCUUUGCACGCAACAAAAUGUGAUUACCUAUCUAUCUAUCUACUUACUUCUAGUUUAAGUGUAAUAAUUUCUGAUUAUAACAAGCUACUUGUUGAAAGCUUGUACCAUCAACUCAAACCCACGACUACGACAAUUUGUUAACGCAGCGCGAAAAUAAGUGCCAUAGCCAAAAUACGCGAGAAAAUAUUAGGGAAAACAUGAAAAUCAUUAAUCACGGGCCAAAUAAAUCAUCGCGUACACUGACCAUUACGUAACGCGCCCAGUUACGUUUUCUUUAAUUUCCCCGCUGACAUUAGGCAUGUACAGGAUAGCAAUACAACAACGAACACCCUCGCCGUACGCGUGCAAUGAUGAAGAAAAGGAUAGCUGUAUUCAUACCGUGCGCUCGUGAAACGCCGCAUACGCAUCGCUACGCUGAAAGCUCUCGACUCGAUAUCUUCAGUCUUGAAUUAAAGCUCACGGUGUGCGGACGUUUGUAAGUGCGACUACUUCUGCACAAAACUCGCUCGUUUCGACGGAUUAAGAACUAAACCGUACUGAAGUGUUCGUGGGUCGGUGCUGUAUUCUACGUACAUACUAAGUGACUUUGAUAUCUAUUUUGACAGUUGAAAGUGAAUUUUUCAGACGUUUCAGUGUUUGCGGAUGCCCCGUACGGGGAUUGUAUUCAUUCCGAGAAGCUGAAACUAAUGGAUCCAAACAAGAAGAGCUGAGAUCGAGAAACAUGACGCGGGCCGCCAUUAUGUUUUGGCGCGAAAUGUCAAUCACUGUCAUUUUCGUUCUUUUGGCAAUGGCUUGCGAGUGUACAGCCCGAGACAUCAAUUUAGACGGAUCAAACUCCGUAAGUGAAGCCACAUCGAACGAGAACAUCCGCCUAGCGUGUGGGCCAAAGCCUCGAGGUCAGAUACAGACCAUCAGGUGGUACAAAGACGGGCAACCACUAGAGGUUCACGGACGAUUUAUGCAACAGAGGCAGUGGUUAAGAAUAAAAUCAUUCAGAGCAAAAGACGCCGGUUUAUAUUCUUGCAUCAAUGAAGCUAACGACUCGAAGCAAUAUAAUGUUACCAUCAAGCUCAAAGCCGAUGUCUAUGAUAUAGAAGAUUUUCAAGGCGAUGCUGCAAAAAUUGUAGACCAAAACCAGGCAGCGGCACUUGUUGAGAACAACACGAUCGAAGAAUCUGCUACGAAUAAAAAGACGGUGAAAAGAAAUGUAACAAAAGUCAGUGACAAUAAUAACGAUUCUGACGAUGAAAAGAAAGAAGACGACCAUGCAUCUGCUGGCCAUAUAGAUGAUACAAAAAAUAAAUUUGCACCAAAAUUUAAGCACCCAGCUAAAUUGUAUAACAUGGACAUGAAACCUGCGGGAAGCUCAAUUCAGUUGAAAUGUGCUGCUGAUGGAAAUCCCAUGCCUAACAUAACUUGGUUUAAAAACAACGGCUCUAUAGAAAGGUCUUAUUUCCGACCAAAAUUCGGCAAAUGGUGGAUGUCUCUUGAAGAAUUAUCAAAAACGGACAACGGCAACUACACAUGCCUCAUAUGCAAUGAACUUGGCUGCAUCAGCCAUACGGUUAAUCUUCAAGUACAAGAGCGAUAUCCAUCAAAACCUUAUAUUAAAGAAGGACAUCCAGGAAACAUAACUGCUGUGGUAAACGAUACCGUAACACUGGCUUGCCCGCCAAUAUCAGACUUGGAACCAUUCUUGUACUGGCUAAAGGCAUACGAUAAUUUCACCGUUGUAGACGGCGAAGUUGGACCAAACGAGCAAACUAUACCAAACGGAUAUGAAAUUCAGAGUGAUGAUCCGGAAGACAAAGCUGAAAUGCUGACCAUAGUUAAUGUCACCCAAGAGGAUCAGGGUUGGUAUAUUUGCGUCGCCAAGAAUACUCUGGGACAAGCUACAGCUAAAGGAUAUCUAACAGUUUUGGAAUCGAUGCCAGUUCCCGUAGUACCAGAACAUGCUGGCAAGCACACUCUUCUCGUUAACAUCUUGACAGCUGUGCUCGGCGCUAUGUUCUUUGUCGCCGCCAUAAUAGUCGUAAUGAUAUUUAAGAAGCUCAAACAAGAAAAGAUCAAGAAGCAACUUGCCAUGGAAACUGCGAGGGCAGUCAUAGUGACGCAUUGGACAAAGAAAGUAACAGUAGAAAAACCGCAGAUAGAUGGAUCACCUAGUAGCGCGGAAGAAGCUUUGUUAAUGCCUGUAGUGAAAAUCGAGAAACAGAAACUGCAACAGGUGCAAAGUAACACAAGCGAGUCUAUGGUAAUGUCAGAGUACGAGUUGCCGGUAGAUAUUGACUGGGAGGUCCCCAGGGAAACACUCUCGUUGGGUAAAAUACUUGGAGAAGGUGAAUUCGGAAAGGUGGUAAAGGCAGAAUGUGUUGGUAUUUUGAAACCAGGUGUCCAUUCGGUAGUAGCUGUCAAAAUGUUAAAAGAGGGACAUACUGAUGCAGAAAUGAUGGCUUUAGUGUCAGAGAUGGAGAUGAUGAAGAUGAUAGGAAAGCAUGUAAAUAUUAUCAAUUUGCUGGGCUGUUGCACUCAAGAUGGUCCACUGUACGUCAUUGUAGAGUUCGCGCCCAACGGCAACUUAAGGGAAUUCUUGAGGAAUCACAGGCCCGGAAAUAGAUACGAAUCACCAACGGAAGAUCUAAAAGAUAAGAAAACUCUAACUCAGAAGGACUUGGUAUCAUUUUCAUAUCAAGUUGCGAGGGGAAUGGAAUAUUUGGCCUCAAGAAGAUGCAUUCAUCGAGAUUUAGCCGCACGCAACGUUCUCGUAUCUGACGACUGCGUGCUCAAGAUAGCCGAUUUUGGGCUCGCAAAAGACGUCCAAAGUAACGACUAUUACAGAAAAAAGACUGAAGGCAGGUUACCUGUGCGGUGGAUGGCUCCGGAAUCGCUUUACCACAAAGUGUUUACUACGCAAACUGACGUGUGGUCAUUUGGCGUGCUUUUAUGGGAAAUCAUGACUCUCGGCGGCACGCCGUACCCCACGGUGGCAGGUCAAUACAUGUACCAGCACCUAAGCGCUGGACAUCGCAUGGAAAAGCCACCAUGCUGUAGUCUUGAAAUUUAUAUGUUGAUGCGCGACUGCUGGUCUUUCAAGCCCGACGACCGGCCGUCCUUCGCAGAACUGGUAGAAUACUUGGAUAAGAUCCUUACAGUCACUGCUAAUCAGGAGUACCUAGACCUCGGCCUGCCGCAGCUGGACACGCCACCUUCCAGUUACGACGGGUCUUCAGACGAAGAGAGCGAUAGCGAAUUUCCAUUUAUUAAUAAUUAACGAAAUUAAGAGGAGGAAUGGAAAUGGAUAAUGAAAUCUAACCUAUGGAAAUGGUUGACAGCUGAAAUGCUUCGUAAAGCUCAAAACAUGCACGGCCAGAAUUAUUUGCAUAGAGCAUCAAUUUGAGAUGACAACAAGGACAAAUUAUUAGCCCAUUAUUCAAAUUUUGUCAACUAGGUAGUGACUAGGUACUAGGUAUGACGUUAACGGUGAUCAAGAUUUGGGCAUGUUAUGUUUUUGCUGGACACUCGUGACCUACUUAUAUAUACCUACGUAUAUUUUCUCGAACACUGAAACUGUAUGUUUUAAGCCAUGGUGUACGUUUGAUAUGAACAAAAAAUACAAUUUUACAAUGGCAAUUUUUAUUUUCUUAUUUGAAACAAAUCAAGCCACAGCUUAAACAAAGAACCGCUUGUUUAUUAUACUAAACUGAAUUUAGAUAAUUAUUCUGAUAUGUGUCAUAGUUUCAUUUAACAGAAGAAAACAAUAACCUAUCUAAUCAAAAUUUCAUAUACAUCGUGUAACUUAAAAAAAGUGGAAGUGCCUCAACCUCACCUUGUGUAAGAAAGGUGUGUACACAUUAUAACCUAAAGAAGCAAAGGUGUAAAGAAAUCUGGUAGCAUUGUAAAUAACCUAAAUGUUACACCUUAUGUUACGAAUUAGUAAAGUUUCUAUUUUUCUCCGUGAGCUUCUACGGAUUAUCGUCUUAUCUAUUGUUUAAAAACCGCAAAGGCGCGUGCCACUAUGAAAAAAUGGUCAAGCUGCAUAGGUAGCGUUU